AUUCAAGAUCUGGUGGCCAUAACAUGUGAGGAAAAUCAAAGACUUGUUGGUAGUUCAAGAAACAUGGUUGGUCUGGAAACAACGAUAUUUUUCUCCUUGGUGUGUUUGGCAUUGUCGGAUAAGCCAGGCUACCAUCCAAACCAAGUGGAAUCUGUCUCCAAGGCCGAACCAUUGACUGGUUACUUUGCGCCGUACAAAGAUGGCCAUGCGUCAGUGGCCUCAAAUCGAGCCCAGUUCGCGCGAAAUUCCCAAUAUCUGGCGUCCCAAAAAGCCUCCAAGUAUGUGUCCGUGGCUUUAGCCAAUGAGGCCAAAUUGGCCGCGGCUGAAGCCAAUGCAGUGGUGGCGGUUCAACACGAGCGGGCUGCCCAGCUCUCCAAUGCCGUUCAGGAGGCACACUCCCAAUCAUUCACGUCGUCGGCCUUAGCUUCCAAGUUGUCCAAAGUUUCCCAUAGUCUCCACAUCCUGGAAGAUCAGCUGUUGACGCACGUCAACGCUAUCAAGAGUUUAGCGUCGUCAGCUGAACACAUAGCUGACCAAGCGCUGAAAGUGGUCAACACAUUAGCCCACAUCGAAGUUGACCAACGCGCCGUGGCGGCUGAAGCUCGAGAGCGAGCAAAUGCUUUAGCUCACAAGCAGGUUUUGGCCCUCCACAGUCUCUCUGAGGCCCAAGGAGCCGCAAAUGACGCUCACGAAGCGGCCAGUUCGGCCAGCUCUUUUGCCUCAUCUCACGGUUCAGGGAAUAAUGAUGUUGACCAUGGCGAUGUGGGUGGAUAUGAUGGCUCUCAAAUAGAGGUGAUCCACGAUACCCUAGAAGGGGAUGGUUUUACAGACCAGGAUUCCUACGGAGUGCCUCAGGGGUCAAUUGAAAGUCAUGAUCCAAUUGAACAAGAAUAUCGAUCCUUCGAAUGGGCUCCGGUGAAGGAGAAUAAUUCGUCGUCGUCGUCGUCAUCUAAUUCUUCAAUCAAUGUAAAUUCUUACGGACAGCCCAUCAAAGACCUUCACCACGGAUAUCCAACCAUACCACUUGAACCCCAGGCUGGAUUGAAUACCACUAAAGUGGUCAGUGUCUUCAGUACCGCAUCGCCCAGUUUUUUCACCAUCGGCGACCAGCAGGGUUCGACGGCCGCAACGGCAAGGCCCAAGAAUGCCCAAACCAAGGGCCGGAUGAUGAAGCGGCAGGGCUGGAAUUACCAAGAUUAGAUUUCGAUUGGCAGACAAAAAAUGAGUGGUGGGUGACCAGGAAAGACAUAGAAUAUAUAUUUUGUGAAGUGCGCAUUGAACAACCAAAGCAUUCUUAAUCUUUCACAUGUAGUUCAAUAUGUUCUUGCGAGGCGAG